AUGCCCGACGCCAAUUUCCCCGACAAUGCUGACGUUCAAGCGUUCCUACGUGGCCCGUACGUGUCGAUGAAUACAAUUGGAGUGCACCAUUUUAAUGGAAAUGGUCACGCGAGGAACUACGCGGCCAAAUGGAUGUGCGAGCAGCAAGUGAACGCGUCGUUCACGCUGGAAACUGAGGGCAGAGCCCAGCAUGUAUACGUCUUCAAUGAAGACGUAUACACGCUGAUGAAGACGGUCUUCAUCACCAAGACGUGGACGUGGUUUGGAGAGCACCAAAAGAAACUGGUAGAGUAUAAAGAGGAACUGAAUCGCCUGUCGCGAUGA